AUGCAGAAACUGGCAAAGCACCAGAAUGCACUCGGACAGUACUCCUCCCUGGGUACGGAAGUCUUCUUUACCGAGUUUGGGGCGGACUGGACAUCUUACAGGUCCGCGCGCAGUCGCAGGCGAGUAGACUUCAGUGGUCCCCAAUGGAGUUUGGAAACGCUCGAAGGAGAGCAGGAGAAUGGCCUUAUGCACAAGCAGUUUAUUCGUGAACACAUAGAAGUUUUAAACUUGGCAAAGAACAAGUUGACUGACAUUGGCUGUCUUAAUGCGAUGAAGGACACAAGGGCCUUCGAAUUUCGUCGUUUGCAGAUUCUCAAUGCGUCACGGAAUAUGUUGACGUUUGUCAAGCUGGUUAAUCCGAGCUUGACAGAGAUAAACCUGAGUCACAACGAGCUCAUCAAGCUCCCUGAUUUCUCAUCACUGACUCAGCUCAGCAAGUUGCUCUUGUCUCACAAUUACAUCGACGAUAUGUUAGACCAGUUUGGACAGCUGCAGAAGCUGCGCGUCCUGGACCUGUCCUCCAACCGAUUCUUCUGGCGACCGACUCUUUUCAAGAAGCAGCUCGGGCACCUGGAGAGGAUCCACUUGGAGGAGCUCAGGUUUUGGCCGAACCCCUUCGCGGAGGGCUUUAAGGAAUACCAGUUUAUCACCGCGAGCACACUGACUUCUUUGACCUCCUUGGACGGUUUUCAGAUCGACUCGGACCUAAGGUUCCAGUUGCGCGUCCAAGCGGACCAGCUGCAUUUGAACUUCGCAGACUUCUCCAUUUUCGACGUUCGUGUCGAGGAGAGGCGGAAGAGAAAUGCUCCUGUAGAGGCACUUCCAGGCAGAGAGCAGGAAGUCACAGGAGUUGUGCCCUUGCUGACCGAGCUUAUAGAAGCAAUGAGAAAGUCGCUGGACCAGCCGAACGAUCUCCUGAAGCAUGUGUAUGACUUGGAGCAGAAGGUCUCCUGCAUGUGGAACGCGCACUUCUGGGACAGACGGAGGUUGAUGUUGGCGGAGGAUGGUGAACGAAAGCAGAGAAGCUACAUGAAGCCUGCAGAAGCAGAUCGUGCUGCAGCAGAGUUCGCUGACAAGAUGCAGCAGGUGCUCGGACGUUUCGAGAGCGUACAAGAUGUUCUUGUCAUGUGCCUGGUGCGAAUGCUGGGAUGUGGAAACAGGCAGCUGGCGGAACGCUGUGGCACCUUGCUGGCUGAGUGGGUGGAUGCGAAUGCGGAGGAGCUUCACGACAGAAUGGACAGCAUGUCCGAAGCCCUGUUCAGUGACCUUCGCCAUGCGCUGGUUGUUGGCAUCAAGAGCGUCAAUGAGAAGCCGAUGGCCUGUUACGAAGCCUCACAUGGUGCACGAGAGCCAGAGGAUGACUCCGAGCUGGAGCAAACUGAAGCCAGCUGGCACAUCUUGGCAGCUCUCCGCAGAUUUGGACCAAGCAGACUCUACGACAAGGUCGUGUCGCCUUGGCGAGCUCGCGUCCUUCGUCCUUUUCUGCCUGCUCUCUGCAGAGAAACGAAAGAGGUCUUAGGACCGGACCAGCCACCAGAUCGGUGGGCCAUCUACCAGGGUUUCGACGCCUUCUCUGAGGACGUGGCGGAGGUGCUCGAAGUCCAGGAGAAGAACCUCGUUAGCUGCGAGGAGAAGUGCGUGCGCCAGGGCUUCGGAGGCUUCGUGGUGGAGGCAAGUGACGAGCUGGGAAUGGUCAAGGUGUGCUUCAAGCAGCAGAGCCCGCAGACUUUGGCUUCGUUGAGAAGAAGCUCAGCAAAAAGAACGCUUCACGUGAGGCCUCUGGGCCGUCCGCCGAAGAGGCCAAACAAGGCUGCAGAAGAGGGUGGUGGGAGAAAUCAUUCAUGGGAGGCGUGGGUAGACGGGCUUGCUGUCCUAGUGACGGCCACCAGCGAUUCCCAGAAUGCUGCCUACUGCGUUUCCUAUUUUGAUGCCCACCUCGCCGUUACAAAGCAUGAAUCGGACAAGCAGGGUUUCACGGAGGCAGCGCUUUUAGGCAGCAGCGAGGCCAACAAUGCCUUCGUGAGACUGCUUCAGCUGGCAAGGAACCUCAUGCAAGCGUACGGAGAUGCUGGCAAAAAGGCCGCACGCCACUUCCUGGAAGCAAAGCUUCACACCAACUGCUGGGCUCGCGCUCGAAGGCGGCUUCAGGAGGGUGGCUCACCUUUGCCGGUUUCACGGCUCAGCGAAAUGAACCCUGAUGAUGUGGCUUUGAUCUCGGAGCUUGUUGGUACCCUUCACACCAUGGUCAAGUGCGGAGACCUCGAGAUCGGCAAUCAAGCAAUGAAUGAUAUUCUUGCCGAGAACGGCAUGGAUGUCUUCGAGAUGCUGUUGGAGGUUGCGGCUUCGAGUGCGAAUCCAGAUCCUCUUUUUUUGGCAAUCUCGUACGAGUCGGUGUACGUCUUCGUGCAGAGUGACAUCAUGAGACCCCGUGUGCUCAGCAAAGUCAUCAGUCGCCUCAGAGAGACAGCCAUUCUGCUUCCAUAUAUCCGUGGUCCGUACAUAAAAGAUGUACCGAAUGAGAAGUACAUGCAGCUUUGGUGCAAAUGCGAACUGAAGUAUGGAAUGAAGAACGAUGCUCGUGAGCGACUGGAGAAGAGAUAUACAAGCCUGGACCCUGACGAGCACAGCCAGUGGCGCGAACUGGUUCCCGAGAUCCGAGAGCUUCAGAACACCAUGAUGCAUCGAACACUUCUGGGCAUCGUGAAAAUCAUCCAGCUCUUCAGCGAUCUCGCACGGCGUGAAGACAGUCCCCCGAGCCUCAAGAUGGUGACGGAUCUCUUGAAUGCCAACGAUCGAGAGCGGCUUCUGAUCGGGCCGACCACCGGCCUGGUGACGUGUCCGGACUUCGACGUCAGGGUGGAGAGUUUGAUUUGCAUCCGACAUGUGUUGGAAGCCACUCCAGACCAGUUUGACCUGGAAGAGAUGGGAUGGCUGCUGAACUAUCUCACAUCUGUGGGCAUGGGCAUCGGCAAGCAAGGCCAAUUCUUGACGGAGGUCAUCGACCUUAUCAAGAUGUUCGUCAGAGACAAUUCUCGAACCGGCCAGAGCUUCCGGAAUAAGUUUGCCAAAUACGCGAUUCGGGAAUGCUUCGAGAUGCUCACGGUGAAUAGCCGGAGGGAGACGCAUGGCAACAAGGAGGAGGCGAAAGCCAAGGCUGACCUCACGGCGAAGAUCAUCGAGCUCCUGAAGGACUGCUCAAGGCCUUUGUCAGGUGGCUUGCGGAAAUUUCUGCGGCGGGUUGAUCUGCUACAGUCCAUUCGAGAGGUUUUGCAGCAGGAGGAGCGCACCAGUUCGAAUCCUGCAACGCAGAUUCUGGACAUUUGGACUGGCAGGGACAUCCGUCAGGUGCUUCUGCCAAUUGUGACAAGUCCGGCCUUCGACGUGCAUGGCCCUGUGGUUCAUGCUGCAUUGAUGCGGUUCGCAGACGUCUUGCAGGGGAAACCAGACUACAUGCACUCCGACAUACUGAAGGAUGUGCCGCCAACAGACGAAGCUGGACCCUGGCCGGGCCUGACGAUGCUCUACAGGCUCCAAGACAACCGGGAUGCGAUCGAGAACGAGGAUAGUGCCUACCAGCAGGAGUACUUCAUGAACAGCCGCGGCUUGGACCCCCUGUUGGACUUUGCCCACCGGUUCUUUGCAGCCAACGAAGAUCUCAACAUUCUCCUGAACAGGGUGCAGGACAAGCUCGCACAGGAGCUCGGUGAGAAAGAGAGGAAUCUGCGGUCAAAGUGGGAAGGCCGUCAGCAAGACGUGCACCAAGCCGAAGCAUCAGUAAACAAGAAGCAGGAGGAGCAGACCAUGAGUGAAGUCGUUCAGGACUGCCUGACGGCGCGCCUGCGCAGCCUGAAUGAGGGGGCGGCUGCACACUUUCGGUGCAAUCUCAACCAGUAUGACCAGAAAAAGCAAGAGUUCUCCCUUUCAAAGCUUGCCAAAGUCUUCCAGAACUAUUGGAAAGACAAUGAGAAUCGUGCCAAUCAAGAGGUGCAAGAACGUAGUGAUGCUGUCUAUGAACUUCUCCGCAUCCCUGACAAGAUCGCCAUAGAUGGGCAGCUGCGAGACGUCCAGGAUCUUGGCCGAGUGCCCAGAAAGCAGCGACGUAUCCGCCAACCGCACCGGGACUUCGAGAAGCUCAUGUACCAAGCUGUGAAUGCCCACAAGAUCAUGAAGCAGAUGCUCUGCGACUCAUCCAAAAGGGACCACAACGAAGUGGCCAGGUGGUGUCAAUACGAGCCUGAUGCCAAUGGGCCUCCGAGCGUGCUGGCCAUCGGUCUGCUGGACUUCCUGCAAGACAAUCAGGCACUGGCGAUCGAUGCAGGACUCCGUCCUCGCGAAGAGCUGCUGGUGCAGGACAAGUACAAGUACUUCAGGCGCCACGAUCGACGAACCAAUUUGUCCUGCAUCGUCUUGGAGUUCCCGGACGCUCGUUGUCUGCUUGCUGCACUGCAAGAGUUCCUGAAACGUGCGCAGCGGCUAUUCCUGUACCAGGUUCGAAAUCGCUUUCGUUUGGCCUCCGACCUUGGAGAGUACUGCAUUGCCUUGAAGUUCCAGCUUCAGUUGAAGGACUCGUCAAUCCACUACUCCGAGCUUCGCAUGUGCUUGAGUGGUAAGUCCAAGAAGAACAACACAGUGCAGCAGUAUCGCGAUACGAUGAAGAAGGUGGAAGAGAUCUUGCAGAGCAGCUGUGAUGUUCCCACCUCCGAGACGACUUUGGUGGCCCAGUAUCUCUCGACCAUGCUGCGAAGCCGAAGCAUUCACCAUUCAGACAUAAUCUUCCUCCGCUGCAAAGACAUCAACCUGGAGGUGGACGGCGAGGAGGUCUUCGCCCAGUCGGCCGAGCUGACGAGCUGCCAACUCUUUGUCAUUGAGCGAGAGGCGGGUGAAGGCGUGGUGAAGACUGGCGACCGGAUUCGCUUGAAGUCCAAAUUCACGCAGAAGUACUUGGAUGUGCACGCCAGCGGGCAUUUAAGAUGUCGCCUGCCAGAUUUCUCAGAGGACUACGACAUGACCUUCACAGUUGAAACAAUCGGAUGCAGAGACGACUAUGCUCUUAGCCGUUGUGGAAUGAAGGGCAGCUUGACCGAGUUCCGCAGUGUGCACACAGAAACCUCUCUGAGAUUGAAGGUCAGUCCCACCAAUUUCGUGACAGUAAGGCAGGGUGCCAACUUCUUGACAUCAUUCGGCGAGAAGCUUUCCGUGAAGAGCGAGCCGAACGACGUCGCACAUGAGGCUGGCCAAGUCUUUACGAUCUUCAGAGACGGUGCGUUGCUACUCGAUUAUCAUUCGACACACAGCGGGAGCCGUGCUGCCAUCAGGACAUUGGCACUCGAGACCUCCGACGAAAUUCUUCAAAAGACAAUGAUGGAAGCUCACAUGCGAACGGAGAUUUCCAAUGGGGACCUUGAUGUUCAUGGGUCGUCCUUCCGAACCGUCCCACCGGAAUUCAAGACGAUGAUGUGGAGCAUCGCUGGGCAUUUCCGCCAUGUUGGACACUCCAAGUAUGCAGCCUCUCACGAGGCAUCAAGUCUGCACAAGUUGUGGACGAGGGCCUCCAAGAAUCUUGCAGCCAUCCUGCGAUGCCUUUUUGUGAUGAUGGAGUUCCCACAGUGCGUUGGUGGUCGGAGGUAUGUCUUGGAUACUUUUGCCACGCGAAUGACGCAGCACUCUUCCCUGCCGAGGAUCAUCGCGCUGGUGUCAGCCGUGCAGCUCGUUCGAAAAGAGAAAAUGCCUGACGGUGAGCUGGAUUUGACUUGUGCGUUGCUGCCGAAGAAGUUCAUGCGAUUUUGUUCCGCUUUGUUGUCGAACCUCUGGGUUUGCCAGAAGCCGGACGAGGUUGAGGCGGUUUUCACGGUGCCACGGGAACAAGAACGGCAUGAAAGGGAGCUGGCAACGAUCGAUCGCGAAAGAAUGCACUUGCUGAGUAUGGUGGGUUCCUACACCUGCGAUAUGGUGGUAAAGCCUAUGCUGGACAAGUUACGUGUAGCUGGACAGCGGCCUCUCAGUCGCGACGAGGUGCUGGUCUUCCAAGACUUUGCCAGCCUGUGUAUGGCACUCGUGCAGAGUAUCUUUGACAAUGAGAUGAGAUGCUUGUCGCUCUCCAACCAGGCCAGUCAUCAUCACCAUCACCAUCACCAUCACGGUGCUGCGGCCAUUUCGGACAAGGAGAGAGCUGGCCCACACAACGGGCAGACUCCCAGCCACAAGGAUGCUGUGGCGCCUCCGAUUCCACAGAACGUCGAUGAUGGUGAGCAAGGAGAUGCACUGAAUACGAAUGUCCUCCUUGCCUUGAAUGCUGACAAGCGCAGGGCUAACACACUGUCGCAGGACGCUCGAGCAGCCGUUGUUGCUGAGAUCAUUCCGCCCAUCACCAUCAAAGCACUGGUGCAUUUGUUCCUCUAUGCCCUGCACCAGGAAGCUAUAGCGUUCAGAAGUGCCACAAGAGACACAGAGAUUCCUGUUCGGGUCAUCUCGGGAAUCAUCAACCAGUGCGUCACGGCGCUGGCUGCAUUAAUGACGCUGACCGGCAAAUCCAACGCCGAAGUCGGCCCAACGGAGGAUGCCGAUGCCUCCGGAUCCUGCGACUACGACGUCUGUGAAGCGAUCUCACAAGCCAUGACAGAGGGAGCUCAAUUGGUUCCCCGAGCCCGCGUUGCGCAGCUGCAGGCCGAGAGAGGCGCCGAUUGCCUUCGAGCCCACGUGCAGCAGAUGAUGGAGGAGGGAAGCUUCGAAUUCUCUUCGCAUCGUGGCCCGAAGUUGAACCUGAGCACUGAGAGGGUCACCACCGUCGGAUUUGUGUGGACGCGGGUGGCAGGAGACAUCCAGGACACGCGGUGCUUGCUCGUCACUACCACUCGGUUCCGCAUGAUCCUUCUAAGAGUGCCGGCCAGAGCAUCAGCAAUGCCGCAACCUGCUGAUCUUCACGUGCUGUCUGAGCCGCGCAACAUGCAAGACUUGAAGCGCGUGAUUUUCGACUUGAGGAUGCGCCAGAUCCUAUGCUUGGUCUGGGAAGGAGACGAAGGAUUGAAAUUCCAGCGUUUGGUAUUCGAGAGUUCGGGACGUCGACGUUCCUUCCAAGAGGUUUUGCGCAAAGUGCCGCGCAAGCAGCAAGAUACCGGUGAGGAGGAUGGAAAGAAGGAGACGGCAUCCAUCCGGAUGCGUGCACGGGGAAUUCUGGAGUCGGCAGUGAAGUCUACCUCGCUGGAGUCCCUGCGCGAGACUUGUCAAGUCCGCAGGGGUGGCAUUCCGCUGGUCAGCGUAACAUUCGUGCAGAGCACGGGCGGCCUUGGGCUAAACGCGCAGCUGGACAUGCUCGUCCUGACGCGAUGCAGCGUAACUGUCGUCUCGUUCAACAGCUUCUGGUCAAAGUUUUGGAGGUCGGACGACGAAGUCCACUACGAACGGAAGGUUACCCAGGCAAGCCUGGAUACAGACUCAGAAGACGACCGGUUGCCGGACUUCAGCGAAAGUGUGGUGGCCACCUCCAAUGACCAUGCCGACAAGUGCGAGGCCUUACACGGUCCCUGGGACUUGGAGGACUUGCAAGGAGUCUGGUUCCUCUCCGAAGCAAGCCCCAAGGUUCGACUUCAGUUUGGAUCCACCCUCGAAGUCACUUUCCUGAGUGACGGGGAAAGACAGCGAUUUCGCCGACAUUUGGCCACCAUUCUGGCAGAAGGUGCAGUUCCGCGAGCUGGCAAAGCCUCACAGGCAUGGGCGGUUGUCCCGACGGACAAGACGGACAUCAAGACGAUUCAGAAAGAAACUGGGGCAGCUCAGAAGUCCCGUCUGGCGCUGACGCAUGGAGAAGGAGAUGACAGCGAAGAAGAUGAGUGGUGUUGCUGGAGGUUGUGGAGGGGCUCCGGUCUGCGAGAGCUGCCUUCUCCGACGCGGAGUGCCAAGUCCUGUACUCCCAGGCGCCGUCCGGUUCUGUCUCGGGGAGCACCGCGUGCAUGUGCUGCUGGUCUUUUCCUCAUUGGUGCCACAGUCUUUGCGGGCAUCUCUCUGUCCCCGAAGCCACCACCUUCAACGUCCAGUGACGCGAAGCCAGCCGGCAUGACAGCAGAGGAGUUGCUUGGAAGCUCGCAGAUCCUUUCUGUUGCCGCCUCCAGCCUCACCGCGUUGCUGCAGGUUCCCGCUGAGAGUUUGUUCUGGUCUUCAGACGAGGCAAAUUCGUCGCGGGACACAGAGCUCUUCGUUCAGGGAGCCGUGCGGAGCACUUUCCAGAAUGUCAGCUCCUCAAUGCAGCAUCACGGCCACCUCGCACAGGAGCUGGAUUCCUUCUCUCUCACGGAAGGACAGCUCAAAGCCUUCGUCAGCAUCCUCGAACAUCUUGCAGACCCACGCGUACAGGACCUAGGUCUUGCAGUGGCGAAGGCCUUGGAUCACUACUUUCAAGGGGGAGUGACUGGUGAGCAGGAUGUGAAGCUCUUGCUGCUCCAAGCCACGCAGCCACGGAUUGUGGAAAUUCGAGAGCUAUGGCACGAGGUAAACCUUGGUGCUUUACAUGGGCCUGGCUUGGGCUGGGGUGUUGCUGUAAACCCUGCCAAUCUCUUUGUUCUGCAGUCCUUCGGCCAGUCUGCGACGUCUGCGACGUACCAGCCUCGACAGAAAGAGCAUUCCCCAACCUUUUGGGUUGCUGCCGCAACCUUUGAACAAGCCCGGGUACUUCUGCUCCAUCUUGAGGCACUGCUACGGACUUUCGGGAUGACCAUAAAUGCCCAUGGCCUCUUGCAGAGUCUCAGUGGCAGCUCCGGUCCUUUCCUUUCGGAGCUUCUAGCUUGCCGCAGGGAAGAGGCAGAGGCGGCAGAGAUGGGUACACAGCACGACUUGUCUCGGUACAGACGCAUGGCUUGCUCCAUUAAGUACGGAAGUGCCGGCAUCGAUGUGAUUGCAAGCAUCGGAGGCUCGCAUCCCGGAUUGGCUCCGGCUCAGAGUUGA